UUAUUUAAGUAUAAUUUGUUGGUUUUGUAACGAUUCAACCGUGUACGAUUUCGGUCGCUUCCAUAUUUGACAUCUGACAUCUUAUUUUGUGUUGUCAUUCAAUUCGAGUAAGUGUUAAUACGAAAUGGCUUUAUUACACUCCGAAAACCGCCCCAAUUACCCCGACUAUGCUACAGCCCCCACACAGCACCACUUCAGCCCCUAUGCCGACAACGGAGGGAGUGUGGUUGCAAUCGCCGGCGACGAUUUCGUGGUAAUAGGCGCUGACACCCGUCUCAGUGCCGGUUUUUCAAUUUACACCCGUGACCAGAAUAAAUUGUUCCGUUUAUCGGACACUACAGUACUGGGAUGUUCGGGUUGUUGGUGCGACACUCUCACCCUGACCCGCAUUUUGAGCGCUCGCAUGCAAAUGUACCAACAGGAGCAUAAUAAAACCAUGGCCACACCGGCUUGUGCCCAAAUGCUAUCAACCAUGUUGUACUACAAGCGGUUUUUCCCAUACUACAUUUCUAAUAUUCUCGUUGGAUUGGAUAAUGAAGGGAAAGGGUGCAUUUAUAGCUACGAUCCGAUUGGACAUUGCGAGAAAACCACGUAUAGGGCUGGGGGCUCCGCGGGGGCCCUCCUACAACCGCUUUUGGACAAUCAAAUUGGCUUGAAAAAUAUGCAAAACGUCAAGGAUUCUAAAUUAACGUUGGAGAGAGCAGCUGCCAUCAUCAAAGACGUUUUUAUUUCAGCCGCUGAGAGAGAUAUUUUCACAGGGGAUAGCAUUUUGAUUAACAUCAUCACCAAGGAUGGUAUUAAGGAAGAUAGUUUUCAAUUGAGGAAAGAUUAAAUUGGUGUUUUUUUUGCUUAAUAAAUCAGUGUUUGGUA